AGCAGCACGAACUCGAGCAGUCCGUUGUCAAGGGCUCCUCUCCACGGAGCGCGCUCAGUGAUGAUGAUUUCUACGAUGCUGUGUCUGGGACUGAUUUAGACCUGGCACACCAGGUGUGAGCAAUUAAUUAUCGGGUAGAACAGACAACCAGCAGGCUCCAAACCACAUAGGAUUCGGACUCGGAGCACUCUCUGAGCUUCUUUGAGGCGGUGGCCAGUCAUUCAUUUGACAAGGACGAGGAGAAAGGCUCUGUCCUGUUCAGCAGCAAGCGCAGCAGCCCAACCAGCAUGUCUCAGGAGAAUCACCAUGGCAAUGAGGAGGAGUCCCGACCCAAUGGGAUUGUGAGGCACAGAACAAGUUUACCAGCAUCCAUGUUCUCCAGAAAUGACUUCAGCAUCUGGAGUAUCCUGAGGAAAUGCAUUGGCAUGGAGCUGUCUAAAAUUACCAUGCCAGUUAUUUUUAAUGAGCCCCUGAGCUUCCUUCAGCGUCUGACAGAGUACAUGGAGCACACAUACCUCAUCCACCAGGCCAACGCCUCCUCUGACUCCAUAGAGAGGAUGAAGUGUGUGGCAGCUUUUGCUGUUUCUGCUGUGGCUUCCCAGUGGGAGAGAACUGGGAAACCCUUCAACCCGCUACUGGGAGAGACCUACGAACUGGUCAGAGAGGACCUGGGGUUCAGGUUGAUCUCAGAGCAGGUGAGCCACCAUCCACCAGUCAGUGCGUUCCACGCCGAAGGCCUGAAGAAAGACUUUGUGUUCCAUGGCUCCAUCUACCCCAAACUCAAGUUCUGGGGCAAGAGCGUGGAGGCUGAACCCAAAGGCAUCAUCACACUGGAGCUUCCCAAGUACAAUGAGGCCUACACAUGGACAAACCCUACAUGUUGCGUCCACAACAUCAUCGUGGGGCAGCUGUGGAUUGAGCAGUAUGGCAACGUGGAGGUGCUCAACCACAAAACUGGAGAAAGAUGCUGUUUGAAUUUCAAACCAUGUGGCCUUUUUGGCAAGGAAUUGCACAAAGUUGAAGGCUACAUUCUGGACAAAAGCAAAAAGAAGGUCUGUUCUCUCUACGGAAAGUGGACAGAGUGUAUGUACAUUGUGGAUUAUGCCGCAUUGGAGGCACAUAAGAAAAGUGGGAAGGGGACAGUGGAAAAGAAAAGCAGCAAACCGGGCUCUCGUGAGGAAGUGGAGGAGAUCUCCCUACCAGAGGCUGACACAGUCGAGGUCAUCCCAGGCAGCUAUCUCCUUUGGAGGAUAGCCCCCAGACCAGUCAACUCUACAGAGAUGUACAGCUUCACGUCGUUUGCCAUGCAACUGAACGAGCUGGAUAAAGAUAUGGAUGGGCUCAUCCCAAAGACAGACUGCAGGCUUAGGCCAGACAUACGAGCCAUGGAGAACGGAGAUAUUGAUCUUGCAAGUGAGGAGAAGAAGAGACUAGAAGAGAAACAGAGAGCUGCAUGUAAAACCCAUUCCAAAUCUGAUGACGAGUUGAAAACAAAAAACCCUGCCCUCGGCCCCAGGUGGUUUCAACAGGGUCAGAAUCCCCACAAUGGCUCCCAGGACUGGUUGUUCUCCACUGGGUACUGGAACCGCAACUAUCCCCUGUUACCUGAUAUUUACUGAUGGACAUUCAUUCCUUGAAUAGUGAGAUUGAUUCUUAUCCACGUCAACUUCCUUAUCUAUCAUGAAUACAUUAAAGCCUUAAUUUAUUACAAUGAAUACACUGUGUAUGAAAAUAGCAAUAAUAGAUGUAUUUGUGAUACAAAAUGUUCCGCUGUUAAACAUGCUUGAUAUGAAUGUAGCGUCUAUAUUAGGUCACAUGUUCCAUGCAGUCAUCAUUUUAUUAUUACUUUUUUGUGUGUUCUUAUUAAGCAAUAUGGCACAAGGGGGUGUGGUAUAUGGCUAAGGGCUGUUCUUAUGCGCAACGCGGAGUGCAAGGACACAGCCCUUAGCCGUGGUAUAUUGGCCAUAUGUCACAAACCCCCGAGGUGCCUUAUUGCUAUUAUAAACUGGUUACCAAUGUAAUUAGAGCAGUAAAAAUACAUUUGUCAUACCCAUGGUAUACGGUCUGAUAUACGAUGGCUGUCAGCCAAUCAGCAUUCAGGGCUCGAACCACCCAGUUUCUAAUUGUGUUUUGAUUGUGAAUGCUGUAAUCCAUCAUUACCGUGUGCCAUUUGCACAACCUUGCUCCCUUGAUACUAUAGGAACAUACAGUAUCCACACAUUCAAUCUGUUUCUCCUAAUGUAAUGUACAGCUGUUUUGUGCCCACAACUUUAUUUCAUUUUUAUGUUACAAAAGAAUAACUGCACUCACAUAUACAUGUGGUUGGGAUUUAUUAGUUUAUAACACUUAAUUUCUGAUAUUUUAAUGUGUUAUCCCACAGUCCUACUUACUGAUCUAAUAUUCUGACUACUUGUAUUUUAUUUUCUUGUUUAGUCCAUCCACACAGAACAUUAAGAAGAGUGUUUUGUUCACAUGUUUUAUUGAUGGCAAAAAUCCAUGUAGCCAUCACAAGUUGGCUGAUCCACGUCAGUUCAAGCCACCACAAGGUUUACUUAAAGCGACCCUUUUGAAGGGGACACUAGGACGCGCCCUCCUUCCUUCCUCAGCUUCCAACACGUAGCUGAAUGGUACGUAGGCGGCGGCGUGAGCAGGAGCCAGGGCUUUUCGCACGGAGUGGCCAACCAUCGGUACAUAGACAGGAACGUAUUUCAUCGUUGACCUCGGAUGCAAAGGCAGACAAUAGGAAUCACUGUCUGUUGGAUAGUAGCUGCUUGACAUCAGGGUAGGGUAAGCGCAUCGUCGCCUGGUCACUGCAGGGCCCUCAUUCCAGCAAUUAGUUGUUGUCGAAGUCCGACAGGAUUUGAUUUGCGUCUGCUGCUUCAAACGACCAGUAGUGUGAGGCCUAACCAUUACGCACCGUGGCACGUGCAUGGCAAGAGGCACCGUGCUCUCUGCAGCGCAGUGGCACAGGUUUAUUUGAGAUUGACAAACAGGCGAGUAGUCGUAUGCGCACUGAUUGUGCAGUAGACCUGGGUGGUGGGUCGGUAAUAAAUGGGAAUAACUGUAGUCUUGUGGCGUAGAAUAGUGGCAGGCGCACUCUUGAUGAUACCGUAGCUGAGCGCAACAGCAUGGCGCAUGAUAUUGUAUUGGAACGAAUAAUUUUCCAUGACUCUCGCCCUUACUGAUGUGUUGACCUCUCCAUGCUUCGUCGUCAUGGUUUGUUUCUGGUGACACUUCAUCAUCUCUUGGGUGCUCAGUAUCUUGAUAGCCUGACAGACAAAAACAAAGAUGAAACAUCACCAACCCAUUUUAUUAUGCCAUCUUUUUAUAGUGCUGCUCUGAUUUAUGCAUUUAAAAAACAAAAACAUGUUUAAUUGAUCAUUCAUGGUGAGAAAACAAUUAAGUAAUUUUUUCGAAAUACCUUGUUCAGAAUGCACAACUGCUGCAGCGUUGAGUGAGCGUCUCUCAUUCGUGCACCCUGAAGGUCUAUCGGCUGAGCUCCGGGUGAAGGAUUUCCCUGGCACUUGCGCCCAUGCAUCGAUCCGAACUCUUCGUCGGUUAGUGGUCGCUAUGACCUGUGUUUUGACACCGUGGCUUUCCCUCUUGGGUCCCGUAGUUGUUGCUGCAGCUCUUUGUCCUACGGGAGACUGUGACUGUGGAAUUGUGGAAGCAUCUCCUCUUGGAGAGGGAAGCCCUUCGGUCACUAGUAUUGUUUCACGUUGUUCUGGGGCUUUGCUGAGGUCAUGGACUAACUCUCUUAUUUCGUCGACAUGUUUACAUGGUGUGUCGAGUGUUUCUUUGUAAUUUAGUGUAAUUAGGGUUACCUUGUUCUCUGUGCAUGGAUUACUGGCCGCCUGGACAGGUGCGUCUCCGACCGUCCCGUUUUCCGAACCUCCGCUUGAUCGUGUAUUGGCGGGCUUGUUGGGGGCUCCACCUUGUUUGGCUUCAACUUCUUGCCCUCGUGCGUUCACCGACUGUUUUACACUGCUUGAUUUAAAUCUCCAGUCAAUUGUAACAGGCGAAAUACCCGGUUGACUUACCACGAGGGCAGAUUUGGGUCGUGCGUAAUUAUCUUGGCCACCGUUGAUCUGUAAAUUGCUCUCCAUUAUAUGUGUACCUAGGACUGCGUCCCCCUUCGCUGUGGACGAAGUCCUAGUGACCCUAUCUGGAACUGAACAUGAUGGUGACGUCUGUUCCUCCCUGGUUAAUCUCGAGAGCCCUGGUUGUAUGCCUUCGAAACCAAUCAUUUUCAAUUCUUCCUCAAAACCAUCGUCGUGUAAACUCUCGGCUAAAAAGAAAGAGCCUAUGCACGUUAGAGAAGUCUACUCAAAGCGGUCCAAUAAAUCUAUAUGGAAUUGUAUGGAAGUACUUUUGUAUUUUAUGUUAUAGGCUAGUGAUUGUCACAUGAUUAAAUUGACGUGUAGUGCAAAGGCAUUCUUGGUAUAAUGAAAUGUGAUUCCUGCCUUGUUCCUUACCCCUAUUUUUGUGGAAAUCUACCACAAGCUUCUUUAUCCCAAAGGACGGGUUCUCUAGAUUCAAGAUAAAAAGCUCAAUCAUUGUCAAUAAAUAAUCCAUGCAAUG